AUGGGGUCUCCUGUUCAUAUCACCUCCAAGGAGCAAUUCAACAAUCUUCUGAGUUCCUCCACCUUCGUCGUCGCAGACUUCCACGCGGAGUGGUGCGGACCAUGCCACGCAAUCGCCCCUGUCUAUGACCAGCUCGCCGCGCAGCUUUCGCGCCCCAACCGAGUCACCUUCACCAAGAUCGAUGUUGACCGACAACAGGAUCUCGCCAAGGUAUAUGGCGUCACAGCUAUGCCUACAUUUAUGGUCUUCGAACGAGGCCGUGCCACCAACACGAUCCGCGGUGCAGACCCUACAAAACUAAACCAAGUUAUCCGCAAACUCGCCACCGAGGCCGGCAAGAGUGAAGGCUCUGGAGACGCCGCGGGCGAAGCCUCAGGCGGCGCAUGGGUCGGUGCCGCCACCCCCAAGGGAUACAGUGAUAUCACAGACGAGUACGAUGUGAAGGGCCUCGAACUGCUGAACCUGGACAGCGAAUUCGGUAUUCCCAGGACUCUCUUCGAGCCGUCGAAGCCAUCUGCGCUUGGAAAUGGAAAGGGCAAGGAUGGAGCGGACUGGGUCGAGAGUGAUACCGACGAACAACUGAUGCUUUACAUUCCCUUCCGCUCUACGCUCAAGGUGCACUCGCUGCACAUCACCUCCAUUCCUCCGAAGGAGGCAGAGGAUGAUGAGGAUCUUCCAAUGCGGCCCAAGGUGAUUCAUCUGUAUACGAACCGCUCGCAUGUGCUUGGGUUCGAUGAGGCGGAUGACAUUCCUCCCGUGCAGACGGUGACAAUUGAGGAUAGAGACUGGGACCCCAAGACGGGAACGGCCAAGAUUGACCUGCGUUUCGUCAAGUUCCAGACUGUCUUUUCGCUGAAUCUGUUCAUUGCAGAGGGCGAUGGCGACGGUGAGAAGACGCGAGUGGACAGGAUUCGCAUCUUUGGCGAGGCUGGUGAGAAGCGAGACAUGGGCAAGCUGGAGAAAAUUGGCGACGAGCAGGGUGAAUAG